AUGAGCCUGUUUCCUUUAAGGUUACGUAUAAGACCUCGUAUCUUGUGUGGAAUAUCUGAUGUGGACUUGUCAUUGUCCUUAUAUGGAGAGAAAAUCAGCAUACCUAUUUGUAUGGCUCCUGUCGGGAUACAAGCCAUGGCAAACCCUAUGGCAGAAAAGGCCAGUGCACAAGGUAAGGUUGAUAUUACACUUUUCAAUUACUUGUGAACUCUGGGGCUUUUGGAAAGCUAAUACAUCAAUACUGCUCUGAAUCAUUCUUUUGAUCGUCAAGUCCAGAGUGAGGCAAAAACAAAAAAAAAAUGGCAUGUAAUCUUCUAUCCACAACUUAAAAAAAUGACCAAGUUUGGCACCUUAAAUGAACCAAAUAUUACCUUGAGGUCUGUGAAAUGAUUGCAGGCAACUUAAAACCCAUCUACAACUCAAUAGUUCACAUGUUAUUGAAAGUGCUGUAAUUAAAUUAUAUAGAGUAAUUAACAGUUUGUCAGUUGUUAGGAUAAAAAAAACUCAUCCAGAAUUUUCAAGACACUCUUUUGCAUUUCUGUUUAAUCUUUUCAUCCUCAGCCAUCCUCAUUCUCCUUUGGUUAAUUCCUCCCUCUUUGGUUUUCAUCUGCCUUUCGUCUGUACUCCAAAGCCUAUUGGUCCUCUUAGCAUGAGCUUGUCGCCAUUUCCAUGUAGCAACUAGGAGUGUUACAGUACUCCCCCCUAGAUGGGAUGUUAGUCCACUGCUAGGUUAUCACCCUGCACUUCAUCAGGCUUCCCUGACAAUUGGCUGGUACCAAUUUUAAUACCCCUGGGUGGAGAGAGAGGCACUGUGAGAGUGAAGUGCCUUGGCAAAGAACACAACACAUGACCCGGCCAGGUCUCAAACCCAGACCUCUCAACCCAGAGUCCAGUGCACUAACCAGAAGGCCACUGCAUCUCCCUCAUCUAUUUUAGCAAGUUGUUAUUUCAAGGUUUUAUUCAUUCGCAGAAAAUUACCUGUGAGACUUAAAACUUAUAAACUUUUCUAACCCCCCCUAUGACUGGCCACCAUCUAAUCUCUCUUUACAGUGUCACCCCUCAAUUAAAUAUAAAGGUUAUGAGAAUGAAGGAGAUGAUCGUUAACCCAAAAAGUGCUCUUGAUUGUUGCUCAAACUCUCCUUGUUACUGCUUUAAAAAAAGUGUAGAGAACAGAAUAAAGAAUGUGCAUACUAAUUAAGGGUUAUUCAAAUGAACUAGGAUACUUGAAGGAUCUAUUUUCAAUAAUCUCUUGAUACAGCCGCACAAGAUACAAAAACUUGCAUGGUUGUUAGUUGUAUGGCAUCAGCCACCAUUGAAGAUAUUGCAAACACAGCACCAAAUGGUUUACAUUGGCUUCAAAUGUACAUCUUCCAGGAUCACGAAUUUACAAAGAGCCUUAUUAAGCGUGCAGAGGACAGUGGUUACAAAGCAAUCGUUUUUACAGUUGAUGCCAUAAUCCAUGGUCGGCGAUGGCGCGAUUUAAGAAAUCAAGCUGUUUUAGUGCCACAUUUGAAGUUUGGUAAUGUUGAAGGACCGAAUACUGAUGACUAUGCUGUGAACGUGAAAUCUAUCAUUGAACAGGAAAUUGACUGGAAUUCAUUUGCCUGGCUGAAAAGUGUUACUAAGCUACCUGUUCUGAUAAAAGGGAUAUUGACUGCAGAGGAUGCUAAACUAGCUGUUGAGCAUGGUGUUAAUGGAAUAAUUGUGUCCAAUCAUGGAGGCCGACAACUGGAUGGAGUGCCAGCAACUGUAAUGUACAUUAGUUUCUUCGUUAAAAUUACUGAAAGCACUCAAACCUUUGAUAAUGAGCACCUGUCCUAUUUGGACACCCCCUAUAAGCAGACACAAAGCAAUUGCCUCAGCUUCAUACACCUUUAAAUUCUUGAUUCAAGGGAGAGAUUGGGUUGUAAGUUCUGCUGACCAUUUCAAUACUAGACAGGUGAGGGGCAGCUCAGUGUGUCACUAAUGUCGAUGUGUUCCAUGAUCUAUCACUGUACAGACCCACGGCAACAUAAAAUCUAUUUGGUUUAUUGAUAACAAAAAACAAAGUGUUGGUAAUGAUGACGUCAUUCAUGCGUUUGUCCUCCAAUAGAUCAUAAGUAAGAACCACCAAAAUUGCGUUUAGAAUUCAACUUAUCAUAAUAUAUAGAUUUAGCCAAGCCUAAAAGCGGAGCUCGCAUUUUUUUUCCCGCACAUCUCAAGAGCACGACGCCUUGCCCCGGCCAGGACUAGAACCCAGGUCGUCCGACUCGGAGCCCAGUGCACUGACCACUAGACUACUGGACAAAGCCGUGGCGUUGUUCGGGGUACAGUUGACCACGCAUGUUAAAAGUAGCACCUUGUACGGUCGCACGGUCGUACGGUCGUACGGUCGUACAUCCAAAUUUUUUCGGCCUGAUGGGUUACUACUAUUUUGUAUAAUUAUGGGGCUACGCUCUGCGAGCUCCGCUAUAAAUGUUCACAAAGCUUGUUUGUUUUAUUUGUAGAUUGAUGCUCUCCCAGAAGUAGUAAAGGCUGUUGAAGGGAAAGUUGACGUUUUUGUUGACGGAGGAAUAAGACAUGGUACUGACGUACUCAAAGCGUUGGCACUUGGAGCACGGGCUGUGUUCAUUGGGAGACCUGUGGUGUGGGGUUUAGCAUACCAAGUAAGUCGCACAAUCAUUUUUGUACCUAAAACUCAAAGUCUCCUCCCCAAAGAUUACCUUUGAAGCCCAUGCACAGAUCAGUUUGGAGCUUCAACAUCCCCCGGCCAACCCAUGGGCAUUUAACUGGCGUCCGUGCCCGGGGAGCGAGAAUUUGAACGUGGUCCGUUGUGGCAGGAAAUUUGAACCAGAACUGUCACGUCUUUCCACUGGAAUAAUAUUUUAUCUUUUAACAAGGAGGUGUUUAAAGAUUCAAAGUUCACUUUCGUGAGCAGAUGGCUCAGAAAUUGAGGUCCACAAAGUCACGAUCGCCAAUCUUGCCUUUCAACAAAAAAAUUGACGAUUAAUCCGACAUUUGGGUGGAGCAUUUGAGCACAAUUUUAGCCGGGUGGGGGGGUAAUAUGAACGACGUAAUCUUCAAAAGUUCAAAUGCCCAGGGGGUUGCUCAAGGGAUGUUGAAGCUUUGAAUUGAUCGACCUAUAACUAUUACUAUGCUUUAGAUGUAGCUCUGUCAGUACUACAACAAAAACUACACCCACCUUGAAGGGAACACUACAUAACUCUCUUUUUUCAUUUUCGGUGACGCGACCAAAAGCAACGAGGACUCUGGGAAUGAGAAUGGUGCGAACGACUAAACUCCACCGUAUGAACUAGAGAUUUUGCCUUUCAUGUCUACUCUUGCGCAUAUGUGUUUUCAAUUUGUGUUCUCGGUGAGAGCUGAGAUGCUACGCCCGGGGACGAAGAAUACUAUAAGCUUGAGUAAACUAAAGGUUUAAAAAAUGUGAAAUCGAGAUGAGAAGCAUGCCUUAUAGCCGUUCUCGUUGCCUGAUAUCCGAAGAACAACUGCGAAGGAGACUACGAGAUGAGAAGAUUCCAUUGUAAAAUAUACAGUUAAACCUCGACUAUAUCCGGACUCGUGGGGGCUGAAUAGUUAGGAUAAUAGAAUAUAGGAACAUUAAUGAACCAAAAAACUGAAUAAGGAUCGUUGUAAUAAUUGUGCAUUCGGUUAUAUUGACAUUUACCAAAAGUACUUUUAAAAAGUUAGUAAAGCUAACCAAAAACGUUUUACGACCUAAUAUUAUAAGUUAGAUCAGUCUGUUUCAAGCUGCUAUAGCGUGCGCACGUCGCUUAUUUCACCAUUUGUUUUUUUGAAGCUCCAUUCAUAGAUUAGCAUGAACAUUGCUUCUCUACAUGUACUUUGUGUGAAGGAAAAAAGUUGUCACAGAUCUCGAAUGUAACUUGUUGAUAUUCAUGAAAACAGGAACCCGAGAGGCGAGUCCGGAUGAUCGGAAAAUGUUUUGUGUUGUGUUAUUUUUUUUCCACGCUUUUUUCUCUCAGGGAAAGCAAGGUGUGUCAGAUGUUUUACACAUGCUAAAAGAAGAAUUGAAAAUUGCCAUGAUAGUAGCAGGUUGGGUUUUGUCUACUUACUAAGAACAAGACUUUUACGACAUUGUAUCUCAAUUAAGUAAAAAAAAUCUUUACUCCAAGUCACAAAUUUACGUUAUUCUUUCUAGUUCUAUUUUUUCAUUUCCUUUUAAUCUCUGCUCAAGUAGUGUUCAUAACUGCAAAGAUCGCUUUCAUAUUCAAUAAUAAUGAUAAUAAUGAUAAUAAUAAUCAUCAUCAUCAUCAUCAUCAUCAUCAUCUUGAUUAAGAUAACUUUUUCGGAUGGUUUUGCAUGCAAUCAACGAUAAAAGUAGAUGCUAAGAUAUAAAAAACUUAAUUAAGAUGUACAAGACAUCAACUAAAAUUUUUGUAUUAAUAACUUGGAAAGAUCACACCUAAAAAUAUUCACAUUCACAGACUGCCUGAUAUCUUAGCUAAUGGAGUUAAAUCCUUAAUGGCAUAAAAUGCAGUCCGUUUUUGUAUCAGUUCCUUUGGACACUUGAAAUUUUGUUGAAUUCUGGUGUUAUAAUAUAAUCAUAAUCUUGUUCAUGUUAAUACUUUUACACAUAAAUACAUCUUCUCUGAAGACGCCUUUUUGUGAAUGGUACCCUCUUAAGAGAGGCCAGUGCAUGUGUAGUACAUGAAUAAAGACACCUUACAGCCUUUAUCAAGGAAAUGUUAUUAUCAUGAGCUAGCUCCAAAUUUUUCUUAUUAAUUCAGAAGGAAAUGUCAAGUUGCUAGAUGGAUGAAUAAACAAUCAGAUCUUUGGAGUUGAAGUGUUGGUGAUGCCAUAUAUAGUGUGAGUGGUUUAUGUUUGGAAAACGAAAUUUUUAUUUACGUCUUUCGUUCUUUGCAGGAUGUGGAAGAUUGUCAGAUAUCAAACCAUCCUUGGUUGUGAAAGAAUCUUUUUAUUCUCAUCUGCCGUAA